AUGUUUUAUAUGAAAACCACAAUCCUCAAUAGUAUUCACUAUUCAGAUAAGGAGAAGGAAUUAACAAAAUCAAAAAGCUUCAAGUAUGAAUGUGAGAACUGCCAAAAACAUUUUAAUGAUAUUAAUAACUUUAAAAAGCACAAAAAAACCCACGAAAGCAGUGAUCCAAAAAAACAACAUAAGUGUAUAUUAUGUAAUGCCGAAGAACUAACAAAAUCUGAAAUACAUAGUCAUUUUAAAGUAGUUCAUGAAAUAGUAUUAACUUCAGAGGUUUUAAAGUUUCCUACAUGUGAUGACUUUCAUACAUGGAAAAAUCAAAUAGAAAGGACAACCCAGUCUUCUUUUAUUAAUGAACAUGGUUCUUACAAUACCAAAGACUACAAGAGAUUAAAAUAUGUAUGUCAUAGAUCAGGUCUUUUUAAAUCUCAAUCCAAAGGCUUACGUCAUUUAAAAACACAAGGUAGCCAUAAAAUUAAUGGUUAUUGCCCUGCCGAAAUAAUUGUAAAACUUUUGAAUGAUGGAACAUGUGAGGUGGAAUUUGUCGCUCAACAUAUUGGGCAUAAUGAAAAUUUGGGACAUUUAAAUUUAAACCAAUCAGAAAAAGAAGAUUUGGCUGCCAAAAUUGCAUUAAAGGUCCCUUUUGAAUCAAUCCUUGAUGAAGUGAGGAAUUCUGUAAGUGGAUCUGAAAUUGACAGACUACAUCUUCUGAAAAAGAAAGAUUUGGCGAAUAUCCAAGCAUGUUUUAAUUUAAAUAAAGAGUCAAUUAGACAUGUACAAGAUGCUGUAAGUGUUGAAGCAUGGAUCAAAGAAGUUGAAAAUAGUGGUUGUGUGUUAUUCUACAAGCCUCAAGACACUUUAUCUGAAGAUUACAAAGAAUUAAAAGAAACAGAUUUUAUUUUAAUAAUAAUGAAUAAGGCACAGAGAGAAAUAUGA